UUACUUCCCUUCUUUUGCUUUUGUGAACUUUCAUUUGGCUUUUUUUAGAUUAUGAGUAAAACUUCGACUUUUUUUCCAAAAAAGAAAAUUAUAUUAAAUAAUGUAAAUUAUCCAGAAUUUGUUUAAAUCAGCAAUAAGUAUGAAAAACAAGAAUGAAAUUUUGCCGCGGAAAUUAUGUACAUGGAAUAGCUUUUUAAAAGCGCACCAACUUUGUGAAGAAGCCUCACAGCUUCAAUGGUUGGCAUAACGACAAGGGACACCAACUUCUUCUUAAGCUUGAUCAAGAAGGCCGUAACACUCCCACACCUCAAUCAAAUCCAUGCCUACAUCAUCCACAGCAAUCUUGUGAACGAUAACAUAAUCAUCACAAAGCUCAUUCAAAGACUUCUGGACCUCAAAGCCACUGCUCGAGCUAAGCUACUCUUUGCCAGCGUCGCCUCGCCUGAUCUUUUCCUCUAUAAUGUCCUCAUUAAAGGCCUUAGGAACAGCCCCUUUGAAUCUCUGAGUGUCUACAACAGUUUACUCAGUAAGACGGGCUUCAAACCUGAUAAUUUUACUUAUUCGUUUGUUAUUGCAGCUUUCUCGGGUUUGCCUUCAUCUGGGUCAGAGAAAGUGGGGGUCUUGCUUCAUGGGCGCGCGAUUGUUUCUGGGUUCGGGGCGGAUGUGUUUGUGGGCUCGGCCUUAGUGGACAUGUAUAUGAGUUUUUCAAGGAUUAGACAUGCAUAUAAGGUGUUUGAUGGAAUAUCAGAGCCGGAUACGGUUCUUUGGAACACGAUCCUUUCUGGGUUGGUGAAAAAUUGUUGCUUUGAUGAAUCAAUUAAGGUGUUCCAUGAUAUGGUUGAGAGGACGGGACGGUUUGAUUCGACUACAUUGGCUGUGGUGCUUUCUGCUGUAGCUGAAUUGCAGGAGUUGAGAGCCGGGAUGAUGGUUCAGGCAUUGGCUAUGAAGGUUGGUUGUCAUUUCCAUGAUCACGUGCUUACUUGUUUGGUCUCUUUGUAUUCUAAAUGUGGGAACAUUUUGACUGCUCGAUUGUUGUUUGGGUUAAUUGGCAAGCCGGAUUUGGUUGCAUAUAAUGCAAUGAUUUCUGGUUAUUCUUGUAAUAAUGAAGCUGAGUGGUCACUUCAGCUGUUCCAAGAAUUGCUGUUAUCAGGGUGCAAAGUUCGCUCUAGUACUAUAGUUGGUUUAAUCCCUGUAUUCUAUCCAUUUGGUCAUUUGGACCUUACUCGUUCAAUCCAUGGUUUUUGUGUAAAGUCCAGUUUCCUUUCUAAUUCUUCUGUCUCAACUGCAAUGACAACAGUUUAUAGUCGACUUAAUGAGUUAGAACUUGCUAGGAAGCUGUUUGAUGAAUCACCAGAGAAAACUUUGGCAUCAUGGAAUGCCAUGAUAUCAGGUUAUGCCCAAAAUGGUCAGACGGAAAUGGCAAUAUCGCUUUUUCAUGAAAUGCAGAAGCUUGAUGUUCGUCCAAAUCCUGUCACAGUUACCAGUAUUCUAUCAGCAUGCGCUCAACUUGGUGCUUUAGGUCUGGGAAAAUGGGUCCAUGAUUUGAUUAAAUUGGAGGGUAUUGAGUCCAACAUCUAUGUAUCAACUGCUUUGAUUGACAUGUACAUGAAAUGUGGGAGUAUUGAGGCGGCGAGGAGUUUAUUUGAUAUGAUGGGUGAAAAGAAUGUUGUGACUUGGAAUGCCAUGAUUGCUGGUUAUGGUCUUCAUGGACAUGGGAAAGAAGCGCUAAUGCUGUAUGACCAAAUGCUGCUUUCUGGGAUUCCCCCAACCGGAGUUACUUUCCUAUCCGUUUUGUAUGCUUGCAGUCAUGCUGGCCUGGUGGAAGAAGGUGAAAGAAUUUUCCACUCUAUAGUUUACGAUCAUGGAUUUGAGCCCAACUCUGAGCACUAUGCCUGCAUGGUUGACAUCCUUGGUCGAGCUGGAAAAUUACGAGAUGCCGUGGAAUUUAUAAAUAAGAUGCCUAUUGAACCUGGUCCUGCUGAGUGGGGUGCCUUACUAGGCGCUUGUAUGAUUCACAAGGAUGCCAACUUAGCUCGCUUGGCAUCUGAUCAAUUAUUUGACUUGGACCCUGAAAAUGUAGGAUAUCAUGUUCUACUCUCCAAUAUAUACUCGAGAAACCACAAUUACUCCCAGGCUGCUUUGCUGCGUCAAGUGGUCAAGAGAAAAAAUCUUUCAAAGACCCCUGGCUGCACUUUAAUUGAGGUUAAGGGACACCCACAUGUCUUUACAUCCGGUGACCAGUCCCAUCCCCAAUCCGAAGCUAUCUAUACAAUGCUUGAAAAGUUAAUGGAAAAGAUGAAAGAUGCUGGAUAUCUCGCAGAAACCGUGACAGCACUGCAUGAUGUAGAGGAAGAAGAGAAGGAGCUAAUGGUGAAAGUUCAUAGUGAGAAACUGGCCAUUGCUUUUGGACUUAUAAUGUCUGGAGCAGGAGACGAAAUUAGGAUUAUCAAGAAUCUUAGAGUCUGUUUAGACUGCCAUAAUUUUACUAAAUUUGUUUCUAGGAUUACUCAGAGAGUAAUAAUUGUGAGGGAUGCUAACAGGUUUCAUCAUUUUGAACAUGGAGCAUGUUCUUGUGGAGACUAUUGGUAAAAGAAACUUGUUCCAUAACAUAUAUGUCAAAAGUCGAUCAUCAUUUAUCCACCUUUUCCGUGCUGCUUCUAUUGGAGAAAACCUGUUAAUAUCAAUAUAAACAAACUGUACUAAACCAAACUCCACUCUCCAGUAUUUUACCUCGAAAUUUUCUUUUGUCUAUACAUCGUUCUGCUUUAUGUAGCCUGGCAACUCAUGGCUUCUUUUAAUGUUGCAAAAAUGUAAUCCUUAUGAACAUACUAUUAAUC